CUUCCUGCUUUUUGUAAAACACGCGAAGAAGAAAAUACUUCCGGUUAGAGCCACACGGUGCAGGUGUUAAUAUUUCACAGCAAAUUGCGCCGUUCAUCAAUAUUCGCCUUAGUAAAACUGGAAUAAUUAGUUGCUUAUGGCAAGUGUGUGUCAUAUAAACAUUUGUAACACAGCUUGUCUUUGAAAGAGGAAACCUGUAGUGGCGCUGUAACGUGAUUAGCAUAAUAAGCUCCCGGGAGCUAGCAAAACCAAACCGCUGUACCAAAAUGGACGUAACGGCAACGGUUUCUGCAACCACAGAAGACGGAGCUGGAAACACUUACCCUAAUGGACACAACACUUCGCAAAACGACGCUGAUAUUUCAGCCACUGAAGACUCACUGGAUGCCAGGGUUGGAGACCUCUGCUGUCAGAAGUGUGGAGAAACCUUUCAAGAGGAGGCCACUUACUUGGAGCACUGUCAUCAGCAUCAUACUGAAAAACAUUUAAAUGACCAUUUGGAUAGCUUACCUGUUGCAGAAAAGGACAAUUAUGCAGCUAACAUUUGUUCUGUGUGUUCACUCUCAUUUGCUGAGCUGAGUGAGCUCCACUUGCACAUGGAGAAGAGCCAUGGUCAAGCCUCUCAAAAGGAGUCUGAGACUAAACAGAAGUCUUAUGAAUGCCCAGACUGUGGAAAAUGUUAUGUUAGUGUCGGCUACUUGAUCAACCAUCAGCGCUCUCACACACCUGCUGCCAAAUCACUUUUUAACAACCUUAAAGAUUUAAAAAAGAAAUCAUUUAACUGUGAAUUCUGUGGGCGGACCUACUCUCGUGCUUCAGCUCUUGAUGCACACCGCCGUUAUCAUAAGGAAAAGUUAGUUAAGUCAAAAAAUAGAAAUUCAGGAGAUGUGGGGUUUACUGAUGAGUCAGUAGUUGAUGACAAGCCUAAAGAAAUCCAGAAAAACACUGCUCCUGGAAAACAUUUUAAUUGUGAAUGUGGAAAAUCCUUUACUGCUUUGAUAGGCCUUAAAACUCAUAGAAGAUUUUGUACAGUUUGUGAGUGGUCUCCAGAAGGACGUAAAGAGAAAAUGAAGAAAACGUAUCACUGCAAUGACUGUCAGAAGGAGUUUGGCAGCUUUCUUGCCCUUCUAAACCAUCAACGAUGGCAUGCUAAACAGUCUGGUGCUGAAAAUAAAUUUAAAUGUGAGGAAUGUGGAAAAACAUUUGUUUCAUCAACAUUCUAUAACAAGCAUAAGCGUUUGUUCCACAGUGGUGACACUGCAGCAAAAUCUUUCACGAAUCAGGUGACGCAGCUACAGAAGAAGUCAUUUGAAUGUCAGGAAUGUGGGCUGAAGUUUUCUAGGGCUUCGGCUCUUAAUUCCCAUCAGCUUCACCACAGAAAUGUUUUUGGAGAAAGUGAGAUUAAUGAGAUUAAGAAUGUGGAGCAAUAUGUGGAAUCGAGAUUGCCAGUGGAUUCACACCUUAAAGAAGAUCAUCCAGCGGUGUACGACACUGAAGAAGAAGAUGGACUGUGUUAUGGUCCUGGAGACUUCAAUGUUCAAGUGAUCAGUGCAAGUGAAUCAGACAGUGAGUCUGUUCAUGAGCCAAAUCCUGAUCUUGAGCUUCUGUGUGAAUCAGAUCAAGAAAUGAGAGACAGUGGCACAGAAACUUCUCGGGUUUCAAAAUCAGCAAUUGACUUGAACAUUGUGCAGGUUGACUUUGAACAGGCUGAAGAGCCCAUUGAGCCCCAAGCCAGCCAAAUUGAAGGUGAAGCCACACAGAUGAGAUUCAAUUGUCCAGAGUGCUACCGCUGGUUUACCUCGGCUGGAUCACUCAGUAUUCACAGAAUGUGGCAUCGCAUUCGUAGGAAAAGGCAACAAAAUCAACCUCAGUCCACAGCAGAUGUGACAUCUGACACAGGCUCCACAGUAGCCCCACAGUGCAGCGACACACAGCACGGGAUACAGGAUCCAAGUGAGGAUGUAAUGAACCAGGCAGAGGAGUUAGAGAAGAAAGACUUGACUUGUGGUGAGUGUGGUCAAAACUUCUCAAAUUUGUCUACUUUAGUCUCUCAUCAAUUACAUCAUCCUAAAAGAAAACGAUUUCAGUGCCCAGAUUGUUUGAUGUCAUUUUUGCAUGCAGCUGGUUUGUUUAACCACAUGAAAAAUUGCCCCUCUGCCCAUACGGGGGAGACUAUUUCAGUUACUCAGAGAGAAUACAAUCCAAAAAAGACCCUUCUGGGCCCAAAAAGUUUUUAUUGUAAACAGUGUGGCAAAGGGUUUUGGUCUUUAGGGGCUUAUUCCCAUCACUUGCAGAAUCAGAAAGAAUGUGCAGAAUUGAGGCAAAGAAAAGGUGAUAAAGAAUCUUUGCACUCUGUUCACAGACACUCUCGCUCCACCGUUAAAGUUGCAUGUCCAGUAUGUGGUAGGAAGUUUCGUCACAAGGGCAUAAUGAAGUUGCAUAUGAGGAAACAUGAAAAUGGGAACCAUAAAUGUGACCUUUGCCCAAGAUCGUUCCGUCUGUUUUCCAGCCUGCUUAGACACCAGGUUGUGCAUAAUGACCAGUUACUUCCACCGCCCAUUAAGUCUUUUCAGCAUCAGGUGGAACAGUUGAAGAAAAACUCGUACAGCUGUCCCGACUGUGGAAAGCUGUUUUCGCGGGCCAAAGCGCUUCAGUUUCAUAUGAAAAGUCACGGGUACGAAACGGGGCUGUAUCUUUCAUCGCCCAGAUCGUCUGUAAUGCUGGUGGAUCACCAGUGUGCAACAUGCCUUGCACAUUUCAAUAGCAAAACCUCGUUACAGGCUCAUCAGAAACAAUGUAUUAGAAGAGAGAACCGGGCACUCGAUGAUCAGAAAGACCACUUAUUGAAUAAUGACACACUAACAAUUCACGAUGACAAUUUGGCUGUUAGUUCACAGGGAGGCUCUAAGCACUGGAGUGUAAAUACUGAAGUCAAGCAAGAAAUUGACAGCAAGUCAAUAGACGUAAAGGGAGAAAGUCCCACCUCAGAUAUGAAAUACAAAUGUAACAUGUGUGACAAAAGCUUUUCUAUUGUUGGAGCUUUAAAUCUCCAUCAAAGAAUUCAUUCGGGGCGCUACGCAACUGUACCUAAGGCAAAAGUGGCGUUGUCGGUGAUGCUUAAGAAGCCUAAACCGGAAGAGUUAGGUAAGAGGAAGUUUUACUGUACCGACUGUGGAAGGCACUUCCUGUCCAAUGCAGCCCUUGGCUCUCACAAACGACUGCACAAAGGGAAAAAGAAUUCCCAGUCCCGGCCCAAAGCUGAUGAUUUAAAGUCUGCUAGCUACAAUAAAGAGGUCGGGUCUUUUCACUGCAACACCUGUGGCAAGCAUUUUUUUAACCAGCGCGUUUUUCAGCGACACCAGAUGUUAAAUCCUCGAUGUCGAGACGAUGCCAAGACAGAUUCUGACAAAAAUACACAGAGUGAUGUGGCAUUGCAGAACGUUAAGCUGGCAUGCUCACAAUGUAAUGAGACAUUUGUGCAAAAAUCACUUUUAGCCGCACAUUGUCGAAAUGAGCAUGGUAUAAUGUUAGAGGCUGUUUAUGAAAAAGAUCGGCCUGUUCUCGACCCCAGCCCAGAACAAGGUGAAGUCUCUCUUAAAAGGACAGAGUCCAGUUCAUUGGCUGAGAAGAGAACAAUUUACCAAUGUCAUUGCUGUUCUAUGAGCUUUGCUAAAGAAAAGAGUCUGGGUGUCCAUCUGUGGCAGGUCCACUUGGAUAAAUCAAAUAGCCCGUUGAUAGUUUCUUUGGGUUCACAAGAGGAACCCAUUUCUGAAAGCUGUGAAGUCCAGAAAACAGAAGAGCCGUCAGCUCUAGAUUACUCCACAAAGAAACAUAGCUGCGACGAGAACGGGGACAAGUCUGUGGAACUUGCUGAGUUAAAAUGUCUUGACUGCGAGACAAACUGCAUUUCUGCACAAUCACUACGUGACCAUAAGGAAUUGUGCACAAAGCUUAAGCAAAGCUUAAAGCAGGAGGACCAGUCUUCUGAAGUAGAGGUUUCUCCAUUGUCUAACCAUCUGCUGGAAGCUUCAGUCAAGUGUUUCUACAAGUGCAAUAUGUGCGGAAAAGCUUUCCAAACAGAGGAACAUUUAAGCAACCAUAAGACCAAGGCCAAGAGCCGUCCUUAUUGCUGUGCCCUGUGUUGCCAUGGCUUCUGGACCGAGAGUCAGCUCCAGCAGCACCUCACCUGGCACGAUGAAGUCCGCGGUCGUCUCCCAAAUGAGGUGCGAUACCGGCUGAGUGCUGCUGUUGCCUCUAGUCCCCGGAAAUCAAAAGUCCCUUCUCCUGACAACAAAGUCAGGUCCUGUCCGUCUUCUACUCUGAACCAGGCCACACCUAAGUCGGAAAACCAUUUACAAAGUAGCCAUAAGUGCCAACGCUGUGGCAAAGCCUUUCUCUCACCAACUGCUUUACAGAAGCAUGAAACCCAACACUGUAACAAUGACUUGUAUCACUGCUCUAUUUGCCCGAGGACCUUCAGUGAAAUACAGGAACUCAUUGAUCAUCACCAGGAAUGUAUCGGUGAUUACAAUUAUCAGUGAUGCCCAAGCGGCUGACUCCUCAGGAGAUCUCACUGCUCCUACCUGCCUUGAAUAUGGAACUAUAAAAACCCACUGCACCAGCACUGUCUGAGUUAAAGUGAAGACACUGUAGAUUGUAGUUUGUUUUUUUUUCUUUAAGCAAGAAAAUCCCAUUAGACUUUAGGAAGAGUAGACAACUGCUUUCCCCAUGUGCUCUAGUCUCAUGAAAUACUUGAUGCAGGGAAAGAAGCAGUUCCUUUGAACAGUGUUUCUGUUGUGUCCGACUUACUUUUACACUGGAAUAAUGCUGCGUAUAUACAAAUGUGUAAUACUUAAAUGAUGUCUGUGUUAAUGAAAAGUAGAGAUGCUGUUGCAUGUGUGUGACAUUCCACUUGCAGUUAAGAAAACCUGGAAAGUUUGAUGAGGGUUUUGCAACAUUCUCCUCCUGCAAGAUUUGCGUACGUGACUGUUGUCCCUUAAAAAUAACAGCAAUCAGUGACAUUAGAGAUGUUCUAACGUAGAACCGUUAAAACGCCAUUUACUGCUAUGAAACAGUUUUACUGUCAAACAAGUGUACAUUGUGUACAAUACCUUUAGCAUUAAUUAUCCUUUCUUGUGAACCUGACUUUUUGUGCUGCAUUUGAAUGUUGUAAAAAUACUGCUAGGCAUUAAUAGUGUCAAUGUUGUGUGUGAUAACUGUUUACAGAUUAUGUGUAUUGUAAAUUUCUAUGUUAAUUUAUGAGGACUAAGGUGAAAGCAUUCACAUCGAUUCUUUGAAGUGUGAUUUCUGAACUACAGGCGGUCUUAGAGUGGAAGACAAAUAAAUUGAUAAAUAUAUGUAAACUA